UCUAAUUCUACUCUCCCAACUACUCUCAUCACUACUUCAACAGCGGGUUUCAGCAUCACUCGAUUCACCGUCGACAACAAAUGGCUGAGGCAGUUCUCUUCAACGUUGCAGCGAGUGUCAUUACGAGUUCGGCCUCUCUUGCUGGCCAACAGAUUGGACUACUCUGGGGCUUCAAAGAUGAGCUUAAAAAGCUCGGGAACACGGUUUCCACCAUCCAAGCUGUGCUUUUGGAUGCGGAGGAGCAGCAGGCCCACAACCAUGCGGUCAAAGAUUGGCUUGGGAAGCUCAAGGAUGCCAUGUACGAAGCCAACGACUUGCUGGAUGAUUACUCCACCGAACUUCUACGGCGACAAAUGAUGACACGGGAUAAGAAGGCAAAACGGGUACACAUCUUUUUUUCCAAAUUGAACCAGCUUGCAUAUGGCUUUAAAAUGGGUCAUCGGAUCAAGGCAGUUCGGGAGAGACUGGAUGAAAUCGCAGCUAAUAGAAUCAAAUUUAGCUUCAUUGAGCUCCGUACAAUGGCACAAUUUGAGCAUAGGAAGAGAGAAGAUACACACUCUUUUGUACGUGGGAAAGAAGUCAUUGGGAGAGAGGAUGAUAUGAAGGCUGUUAAAGAGUUGUUAUUGGAUUCUGAUGUGCAAGAGAACGUUUCCAUCAUUCCAAUAAUUGGGAUUGGUGGACUAGGCAAGACCACACUUGCUCAAUAUGUGCACAAUGACGAGGAAGUCAAAAAACAUUUUGAGCUAAGACUCUGGGUAUGUGUCUCUGAUCCUUUUGAUGUGAAAACUAUCGUUGCAAAGCUCAUAGAAUCUGCAACUAAGAAGAGACCAGAAAGCCUUGAGAUGGAUUUGUUGCAAAGUCAGCUUCGAGCAAAAAUUGAUGGAAAGCGAUAUUUACUCGUUCUAGACGAUGUAUGGAAUGAGAAUCGUGGUACAUGGUUGGACUUGGAAAAAUUGUUAUCGGGUGGCCUCAAAGGAAGCAAAGUUUUGAUUACAACACGUAGCAAAAGAGUUGCAGAGAUUACAUGCACAUUGCCAUCAUAUCUUUUGGGAGGUCUAUCCGAAAGCAAUUCUUGGGAUUUAUUUAAGAGAAUGGCAUUCAAAGACGGGGAAGAGCCAAAGAAUCCAAAGUUAGUAGAAAUCGGAAGGGAGAUUAUUAAAAAGUGUGCACAAGUUCCUCUUGCUAUAAGGAGCAUAGGGAGUCUAUUAUUCUUUAAAAACUCUGAACCUGAUUGGCUCUACUUUAAAGAUAAUAAACUUUACAAAAUAACUCAACAAGACAAUAGUGUUUUCCCAAUACUUAAGUUGAGUUAUGAUCAUCUUCCGUCACAAUUGAAGCAAUGUUUUGCUUUUUGUUCGUUGUUUCCAAAAGAUCAUGAAAUUGAAGUGGAUGUGUUGAUUCAGCUAUGGACAGCUCACGGCUUUAUUCAUUGGUCAGAUAAAACUAAAUGUCUUGAAGAUGUUGGUCGUGAGUAUUUUAUGGAUUUGCUUUGGAGGUCUUUUUUCCAAGACAUACAAAGAGAUGAAUAUGGUGAUAUAGAAAGAUGCAAAAUGCACGACCUUAUUCAUGAUCUUGCACAAUUAGUAGCGGGGGAUGAGUGCAUAAUUUCAAAUCCAGAUGCAAAAAACAUAGUUGAAAGAACUCGCCACGUGGCAUUUUAUUCCUUAAAUUUAUUAAGGGAUACUCCAACUCCCUUACUCAAGGCACACAAAAUGAGAACGCUUUUUCUACCAAUUCCAGGUCCUUUCUUCUUUGGCCAAGUACUUCAGGGGAAUAAGUCAGCAUAUGAUACACUUAUUUCAAGCUUUAAAUGCUUGCGUGCCUUAAAUUUGAGUAGCUCAAAUAUUAAAAAAGUGCCGAAUUCCAUUGGCAAGUUAAAGCAUCUAAGAUUUCUUGAUCUUUCUAGGAACCCUAAUAUCAAACUACUUCCUAAUUCUAUAACUAAGUUGCAAAAUUUGCAAACACUGAGACUUGAGCAUUGUGUUUGGCUUGAAGAAUUGCCAGAAGACAUUACAAACUUGAUCAACCUUAGGCAUCUUGUGCUUUAUGGGUGUGACAACUUGACGUAUAUGCCGCAUGGAUUGGAAAAGUUGACCGCUCUCCAAACACUGACGCAAUACACUUUGGGGAAGAAGGGAAGUUGUGUUCCAAAGCGAAAGGGUGGGCUAGCCGAUCUGGAAAGUUUAGAUGAGUUGAGAGGAGAAUUACAUAUCAUUGGUUUAAAGCACUUGAGAUCUUCUCCAUUAGAAGCCAAGGCUGCAAUCUUGGAGAGGAAGCAAUACCUUUUAACGUUGAGAUUAGAGUUUGAUGAUCAGGAUAGUGAUCGGGCAAUUGAAAACGAUGAGCAGCUGUUGCAAAACCUUCAGCCACACCUAAAUUUGAAAGAAUUAAAUAUAGAAGGGUAUGCAGGCGUGAGGUUACCGGGAUGGGUGUCCUCGCUCUCGAAUUUGGUUUCAAUUAGCAUAAGCAAUUGUAAAUGGUGCCAACAUAUCCCACCAUUGGACCGAUUCCCUUUUCUCAAGAGUCUUUGGCUUGACAACUUGCGUGCACUGGAGUACAUAAGCAAUGAUGCCAAUGACGUGUCCUCUUCAUCUCUUGAGACUCUGCAUAUUUUGUGGUGUUAUGAACUGCGAAUAUCUCUGUCUUCACUCUUUCAACAUCACACCUCUCUUAAAGAUCUGAGGAUUGUUGACUGUAGGGAACUUAUCAGUAAUGAGGAUGAAGAGGGCACACAAUGGGUUGGACCUACAACACUUCGUCUUCUAUCUAUAGAAGAUGUUCCAAACUUGGUGUCUCUCCCAAGGGAGCUUAGACAUGUUACCACUUUGCAAGAGCUUGAGAUAAGGAACUGCCCUGCACUGAAGUCUUUACCGGAGUGGAUAGGUGACCUCACUUCACUUCAGAAGCUUCAGAUUGGGAAUUGUCCCAAUUUAAUAUCACUGCCUGAAGGUAUGCGCCGCCUCACCUCUUUAUGUGUUUUGAGAAUUGUGGAGUGUCCUCGCUUGGAGAAAAGAUGUGAACGAGGAACAGGAGAGGAUUGGCCAAAGAUUGCUCACGUCUCUGACUUUUGGAGUUACUAGUUCGUCUACUAAUCGUGAGCAGAGGAUCCGUUCCAUAGCCUAAUGCGCCAAUUAUUCUUCAGAAUCAACUGUAGCAUGGAACAAACAAGGGUUUAAGAAUAGACAUAUUUUCAGACCUUGCCGACAAUCAAAUUUGCCCAAAGCUCUCAAAUUUCCAGUAGUGUUUCCUAUCUUUCACUACAAUGGCAUUCCUGUAUUGUUUCCAUUUGAAAUUUGAUAGUAAAACACUUAUGAUAGACC